AUGUUACUCGUCCUGACAUCUGGUAGUCCCAUUCUCGUACUAGAGCGUGUUUAUGUCGUAAAAUGUUAUCGCGUGGUAGUGUUUACAGUGAAAGUAUUGUUUACAGAAUUGAGUACAGUAAUAGGUGCGCUAGAAUUUGACAAGCGGAAAAUAUUUACUUUAGUACGUGUAAUAAAUAAAUACAUAAUUGGUCAGUCAGGCAAACUGGUGAAGGUGCAUUCAUCCUGUACCUGCCAGUUCAGGUCAAACGUCAGCAGCCAUCAAACUGCAACCGUUCCUGCAGUGGAUAUGUCCCGUAGAAAGGUUACUACUUAUGGGAGGGUGGCCUAUCAAAGAUUACCUGGGAAUGACACCGUUGAUUUCAUUGAUGCACAGUUUGAGAAGCCAGCUGCUCAGAUACCUUGGAAGUCAAUAGUCCUGGCAUCAGUGCUCUGCUUUGGAGGCACAAUUCUGCUUUUAGUGGGCAGCUUACUUGUGACUGGGCACAUUGAAGCUAAGUACGCGGAUCGGACAUGGCCUUUACUCAUUUUGGGAUCCAUCAUGUUUUUGCCAGGAGCAUACCACAUACGCAUAGCAUAUUGUGCAUUUCGACGAUAUCCGGGUUACUCAUUUGAUGAUAUACCCGAGUUUGAUUGAAAUUCCAGAACAGCAGAAUCAUCUAGUGUUCACUCAAAUCUUGCAAAGACAGUUUCAAGAAAUGGCUAGAAAUGUUUCUCUUUUCACCUCCUGUGCACCAAAACACAUUCUCUCAAUAUCUUUUUUUGUGAAGAUCAUCAAUUAACAUUGCACAAUCAAAUAGUAUAAACAAGAAAAAACAAGCAUCAAACAAUGAGGUACAAUAACAAUCCAUACAAAAAGUAAAAAGUAAUAUCCACCAGACAUAACAAGUUAAGCAUAUUGAACUAUCACACAAACUUGAAGUUAAUCAGUAGGUUUGAGGGCUUUGAAUUGGUAGACAUGCUGUAUUCUCAUAAAGAGACAAAUGAAACAGAAGUGAGCAUUAAUACUAACAGAAAGUAAAAGAUGACCAGAAGCAACAAAAGACUCACUAGACUUCUUCCACACUGUUUUACUUAAGGCUUUAAUAUUUCAUCCCUUGCCUGUUAGCAACUUUUUCGUGCCUCCUCACAUCGCAGUUCAUGAAGUAUUGGCAUUCAGUACAGUGUAUGAUUGCCCAUGACUGUUUCAGUCUUCUGAAUAUGUCACUGUAGUACUGAAGCUUUCACAUUAUUUUGGCUUUCUACUACUUGGUCUGCUGAUGCUUUGUCUGAGUUUACAGCCACAGUGAAGAAAUUAUGUAACUUAUUACUACAUAAAGGAUCCCUGCAUGUGUAGCAAGUUCAAUAAUGCUGUGUGAGACUUCUUCAUUGUGUCAGUAAGACAGUCAGUAAAUAUGCAGCUCACUUUUCGGACAGUGUUAUAAGUGACUUCCAAGUGCUUUAUUAUGCGGAAAAGGCAAUAUUCCAUUAUUCGAUGGGCUUAUUUUUGCUUUGUUUCAUGCACGUGCAUGCAGGUUUGCGUGCGUGUGCGUGUGCGUGUGUGUGUGUGUGUGUGUGUGUGUGUGUGUCUGUCUGUCUGAGAGAGAGAGAGAGAGAGAGAGAGAGAGAGAGAGAGAGAGAGAGAUUGUUUUCUUGUGAAAUGAUGGUUGUAAAUUGUAUAUGUUAAUGUUUUUGAAUAUGUAUUUUUGUUUUAAAUGGAGACAGAUUUGAAAACCAUUAAUAAUGAAAAUUUGUCAAAUAUAA